AUGGAAGAAACAAACAAGAUCUCAACCCGUGCAGGUUAUCGCCCCGAAUGGCUGGCUCUCGAAGAUGCAUCGGGCGGCAGAUAUGUAAUGUCUGGAAACUUUGCGGUGGACGUCCCAACUUAUGAUGCUGUUUUCGCUGCCAUGUCGAAACAGUGGCCCCAACUUCCCGAAGAAAUGAAAGUUUGGGAUGAGAGAACCGACAGCGCACAUGGAGGACUCGAAGUCCGUAUAUACAAGCCAGCGUCCGAUAAACCGUUGCCUCUCAUGAUCUAUUUUCCCGGCGGGGGUUACAUUGCAGGCAAUCUGGACACUGAAGACGCCCAUUGCAGGAUUUUUGCUGCGAAGACGCCGUGUUUGGUCAUCAGUGUCAACUACCCUAAAGUACCGGUAGUCAAAGUCGACGACAUAAUCAACCUUGGGUGUCUGGUAGUACCCUGGUGUCGGGAGAAAUCCAAAGAACUGGGCGACGACCCAUCGAACACCAUCCUAUGCGGAGGCUCCGCUGGUGCCUUUCUAUCGGCACAGGUCGCCUAUCGGUUCAUGGCAGACGGCGACUAUACCAGCAUCACUGGCUGUGUGCUGUUAUUUGCAGUUGCCCUGCAUUGGGAAUACGAUGGCAAAUACAAGCACAUGUACACUGCCUGGGCUGAGAAUGGCAAUGCCGGCACUCCUGUAUUUGGCCUAGAGCUUGCGAAAUUCAUCUGGUCACACUACGAUAUCGAUUUCAGCAGCCCGCGCCACUUUCCACUCCUUGCGGAUGACCUUUCAAAAUUCCCUCCGUGCUACAUUGUUACGGCUGAGAAGGACUGUUUUCGAGACGAUGGCACGGUUCUGGAUUAUCGGCUGCGGGAGAGUGGUGUCCGAAGCAAGCUUGACUACUACGAAGGUCUUCCUCAUUACUUCCAUGCCUUUCCUCAGCUUGAAAUUGCCCACGAAGCCAUGGCAAAAGCUGUCGAAGGAGCACAAUUUGUCUUGGAGUAG